AUGUCACGCGCAUUUUAUGUUCCACCACAGAGUGUUAAUGCCGUCGGGAAUUCAGAAUUUUUAGAUAUUCUCGUUACAACUUUUUUUGCACUAUUGGAACGAAGACAUCGAUGCACUCGCAGAUGUUGUGGAAGAUCAUAUCUCAGGUCAAAUUAUUUAACUUACCGUGGUCGACGAUGA